CUCUGAUCUGCCACACUUUAACAGUAUCAUCAAGGUGUCAGAUUGUGAAAGAGAGUGUGAGUGAUAUUUACAAAAAAAAAAUCCAACUUUAACAGAGAAGUUCACACGUACUGUGAAGAUGAUGCGAGCUCAUAUUGAGGUAAUUCCCUGUAAGAUCUGUGGAGACAAGUCAUCAGGCGUGCACUAUGGAGUCAUCACCUGUGAGGGAUGCAAGGGUUUUUUCCGAAGGAGUCAGUCCUCCAGUGUGCAGUAUUCUUGCUCUAGGCAGAGUAACUGCCUCAUUGACCGCGCCAGCAGGAACCGCUGCCAGAGCUGCCGCCUCAAGAAAUGUGUUGCCCAGGGAAUGAGCCGAGAUGCGGUGAAGUUCGGUCGCAUGUCUAAGCGUCAGAGAGAUUCUCUUUUUGCUGAGGUCGAAAGGCAUCAGCAGCAGCAGCAACAACAGCAGCGUCUCCAGACCAGUCAAGCUGAGCCUGAGCCAUUACCAGCCUACAGGUCCAGCAAAGAGCCACGAAGUCGCUCAACACAUUUAAUCCAGCCCCUGGUUCCCAGCUUCCCUUACACACUAGACCCAGAUCUCAACUGCUCUUCAGAGGUGCAUCCAUAUCAUGGCAGUGCCACAGGAGAGGCCCAUGCGUUGGCCUACAGAAGUUCUCAAAGGGGUGGAGAGAGCAGCAGCUUUGCGACACUGAGAGGCUUUGACUCUAGAAGAUCUACACCAGAGGCCAUCCUGGGCAUUCCAGGGAAUGAAAUGGCAUUACGUGCUUUUGAGACUGACAGCUUGUUCUGCCACUAUCCUAUGUCAACGCAUAUAGAGGAACUGUGUGCAAGCAUUUUUCGUUCUCACAGGGAGACGAGUCAGUAUCGUGUGGAGGAGCUGCGGGCUCUUAAAUGGAAGCUCUUCAGCGGGGAGGAGGUUCAUGCCUACCAAAACAAAUCUAUUGAUGAGAUGUGGCAGCACUGUGCAGUUCGUCUGACAGAUGCAGUACAGUACGUUGUGGAGUUUGCAAAGCGCAUUCCAGGUUUCCGUCAGCUCGGUCAGAAUGAUCAAAUCGCUCUUCUCAAGUGUGGAUCGAUGGAAGUGGUUCUAGUCCGUAUGACUCGGAUAUUUAAUACAGAGAACAGCACAGUCUUCUUUGAUGGCAAAUAUGCUGGAGCUGAGCUUUUCAAGUCUCUUGCAUGUGGUGAUUUUAUUGCAUCAGUAUUUGAAUUUGCUCACAGUCUUUGUGCUCUGAGAUUGACUGAGCAGCAGGUAGCGCUGUUUAGCGCGCUUGUGCUUAUAAACGCAGAUCGUCCAUGUCUGGAGGACAGAGACAGAGUGCUGAGAGUGAGAAAAGACGUGGAAUUAGCCCUCAGUCACAUCUUACACAGAGACAACCAAGAAAGCUUACUGCACAAGCUGUACCAGAAGAUGGCUUUUUUGAAAAACCUGUGCACGCUGCAUAUUGAGAAGCUGCGCUGGUUCAGACAGUAUUACCCACUGACUGUUCACUCCCUCUUCCCCCCACUUUACAAGGAGCUGUUCGUCUCAGACACUGACGUACACACAAUGGUUACUCUCUGAACACAACCACUCAGUCGCACUGUACACAAAGCACACAGAGCAUAUACCAGUAUGUCUUAAAGCUACAUUUAUUUACAUUUAUUAACUGUAUUAUUGUAAUUCUAAAACAAAAAUUGAUGUUGCAAGGAUGUAUAUAAGAGUCUGUAUUGUUUUGCAAAUGCUAUUUUAUGUAAUGUGAAGAAAAUGUUUUUACAAAUAAGAUGCCCUUUAAAUCUGACAGUAUUUUCUAAUAGUCUAGACUCCAGAUGUGCAAAGGUAGCAUUUUAUAGUUAACAUGUUUUGUAGCCG